GGGGGCUUUAAGCUGGCACGCGCGUGCGCGCACACGUACCACACGCCAGCGCGAGAGUCUCGUCUGCGCUAUACGCGAAACGCACUCCGCGUUCUUCUCUUGGAAAUUUCAAACAAAUGCCGGGUUUGUACGUAAGCCUGUUCGCGUCACUGUUUCUGGAAAGCACGUACGUUUCCCAGCAGGCACACCGCAAUAUUGUACACAAUCAUCAUGGCGUCUGAAGAUGGUGGGUACAGAGCGAGUGAGACUUUUCUCGUGCUGCAUAACAUAGCGAGGGACUUGCCGGGAAAUGAAGGUUUAAUGGAUGCCUCAGGCCUUGAGCAGAAGAAGCUUCUAAUAUGUGGAAAUGAGGGCGAUGGUGAAGUAAAUGAAGAAGUCACACAGACUGAUGUAGAAGGCCAAACCUUAAAAGAAUCUGUCAGCAAUGGGGGUGAAAGUGACGAUGGAAAAGAAAUGGUUGAACUGAAAAUUAUAUGGAAUAAAAAUAAAUAUGAUCUUAAAAUGCCUAUUGAUGGCACAGGCGCCAAUUUAAAGGAGAGAAUUCACUCACUUACAGGGCUUCCACCUGCUAUGCAAAAAGUUAUGUAUAAGGGACUCCUCCCAGAAGACAAAACAUUGCGUGAUAUAAAACUGACAAAUGGUGCAAAAAUCAUGGUAGUAGGAUCAACAAUCAAUGAUGUUUUAGCAGUAAAUACUCCUAAGGAGGUAAUUCAGCAAGAAGUAAAAGCUGAGGAAACUAAGAAAGAACCUAUUUGUCGGCAAAAGCAACACAGAAAAGUGUUAGAUAAAGGAAAACCAGAUGAUAUAAUGCCAUCAAUUAAAGGAGGAAAAGAGCGUUUGCCAACAGUGCCUUUAUCUGGAAUGUACAAUAAAUCUGGUGGAAAAGUGAGGCUCACAUUUAAGUUGGAACAAGAUCAACUGUGGAUUGGAACCAAGGAAAGAACAGAAAAGGUUCCCAUGGGCUCCAUUAAAAAUGUAGUAAACGAACCCAUUGAAGGACAUGAAGACUAUCAUAUGAUGGCAUUUCAACUUGGUCCAACAGAAGCCUCCUACUAUUGGGUUUAUUGGGUGCCUACACAAUAUGUUGAUGCAAUCAAAGACACAGUCCUUGGAAAAUGGCAGUAUUUUUGAGUGUGUCUCAUCCUCUGGCAGUGAAGAACUGGGUAUAGAAAAUAACCAAAGGACAUUACAAGGAGAGGAAAAAACACUGACUAUCUCACCUUCCUGGGAAUGAUAAUAGUGAAGUAAGAUGAUAGUUAAUGUAAAACAUUAAAAAGAAAGAAAUGCAGUUUGCGAGCCAGAGGCAUUGCACUCUUGUUUUUUUAGGCUUACUUUUAAAAAUCAGGUUGUACCCCUUUCGUUGGGCCCACUUCAUUUCUUUUUUAGAACAAACCUGAAUAAUGCCAAUGAAAUAUUUUGUGAAUUAUACCUUAAGUGAAUUAAAACAUUAUUUGGGGAAAAAAAAACUUUUAUUAAAGCUUCUGAAAUGUGGAACUACAACUUCAGGAAAAUAUGCAGCUUACCAACUUUAGCAUUUAGCAUCUGAUACAAACUAAAAAAAAAAACAGAUUUUGCUCACAAUACGAGGAUAUCUAUUUUGAUAUUUUUUAAUAGUACGUAUGUACUGUUAAUAAACUAAAACAUGUUUUUCAUCAUUAAGAAGUCCACAGUCUUCUAUGUAAGUUUGGUAAUUAUAGCAUAUUUUAGGUACCUGAGUUAGACUGCAAUUUGACAAAAACUUAGACUCUCAUUCUAACUCUCCGAAACCUAUGUAAGGACUUGGGGUAACUUGGGUAGUGUGAUUGCUGAUGCAUUUCAUCAAAAUACGCAAGGGGUUACAUUAUUAAUGGUUAUUUGCAUGAGCAUCUUCACAAGAAAAAUGUUAAAUUAGAUAAGGCCUUCAAAAUCCUGAAGAUGAUGCUCAGGUAUAAUAUGUUACAUGUAACAGUAAACAAUGAAAAUGUAAGUCAUUCUAUUGGCAAGUAACCGUCAAGUCACAGUGACUGUUCUUGGAGCUGGGUGUCCUAUAAAGAUGGCAGGGGCUUGCCUUGUAAUUUAAAGAGAAUUGAAUUGUUCGGAAAUCUUUAGCAAAGGCAAGUUUUGUUUUAACAUUUUAAUAUAACUACAUUGUUUGAUGUGAAUGUUAAUAAUAUGCCCCCAGCAGCUAUUAAUAACCUAAAAAAGGCAGUUAAAUGACUAAAUUUCUUUUACUGCAAACAUUUUGGGGAAAAAGGUGUUUUACCUCAGUUUACUGCAUCAAGCACAGUAUAUCAUAAUUACCAUACAUAUUUAGGUACUGCAUGUCACUAAAAUGAAAUAUCAGAUUUUGUGUGUUUUAAAAGUUCCUGAUAAAUAUCCACAUGUUUUUUCUUGUUCUAGGCAGGUUAUAGCAGGUUUUCAUUUAUGAUAUACAAUAGCAGUAACGUUUCAUAUUUUGCAACAAAUUCUCUUACUUGUUUUUGCCUUAUUUUUAACUCGGUGUAGACAGUUUUUUUCACACAGUGUGCAAAAAUUUGAGAGAAAAAAUUAUGAUUAAUAUUGCCAUCUCGCUGUUUUAAACAAAAUACAAUCCUAGCAUUACUUGACACCAUGCCAUCUUAUAGAUAUGUGGCUUCCGAAAUAUUGUUGCAUUGUUGUGUAAUAGCAAAAUAUCUAGUUUUCUUUUUCCUUCAUUUUACUUUUUUGCAAAAUCAAAUUGGGAAAAUUCACAUUUUACAGAUUUUUUUUUUUUUUUACUUGCUAGCUAAUGAGUAAUGUUUUUAUCAAAAUGUUGAAAAUGUCACUUGUUCCACUACCUUAUGUUAACAUUGCAAAAGCCUUGCUCUCCAUUCCUCUUCUGUAUGUUUGACCACUCUGUAAAAUCUCUUAGUGUUGAUCAGAUGCAGUUUAAAUAGACUUAAAUAUUACUACAAAUGUAUGUUUGAAUUUGAAAGGGUGGAAUAUUAAUUGCUGUGCAAUACACUAGUGUUCCUGAGCACUGGAUCUGCAAAAUGUCAGGUUCCUUUAAUGCUUAUGCAGAAGUAUUAGGGAAAUGAAGGUAAAUUAUGUUAUGGUGGUAUAUUCCUUAUUUAAAAAUCCAUGCUUAUAAAAAGGCUAAGACUAUACAGUAGAUAUCUGUAAACUUAACACCAAUGGUGUUUAUCAGGUUACAUAUUACUUCAUUGAUAGAAAAUUUGAAGAUUAGGAGUUAGCAUUUAUUAAAUCAACAUAUCUAGCAACUUUAGAGAAGUCAUAAUGUGUUCAUAAUCCUGAGCCAUUUCUCUGUUGUUAAAUUAUUGUUUUGUUUACAUGCCUUGUAAUGUAAUUACAUGCUAAUGGUGUGUCAUUUAAAGAUCAGCCCCUUGACAGACUGAGGGUUAUAAGCUAUUAUAAAUCUUUUCAGGAAAGAACAAGCAAUUGUUGUGAUCAUGCAAUGUCAUAGUUUCAUUAUUUAUAAAAUGGUGCAGAUUUAUUAUUUUUUUUUCAACAAUCAGUUCUUCCACUGUAAGCCUCUUUGAUUAUUUCUUUUUGUCUCACUAGGCCAAAGAGUGACUUCUCAUUUGCCAUGUAUCAUAAAAGAGCUGCCAUACUAAUGGUGCAUUACUAUUUUCUUCUUUCUUCUAUGGGAGAGCUGAUAUGUCUAGAAAGCAAAAUAAUUUUUAGUUCUGAUUUCAUGAUUGUUGCACUUAUUUUGUAAUUUUCCUUAAGAAAAAUAUAUGCGUGAGUUCCAAAAGCAGAAGUAUACAUUUUAUAUAUUGCUUUCUUAUAUCAUUGAAAUGAAUCCAUCUCAGAUUCUCAACGUACACUUCCAAAAUAUGCUGGAGAGCAUGUUCACUGUUAAAGGUUCCUCAAGUAAUAGGCUUGUCUAAAAGAAGAAACCUCCACAAACAUGCAGUUUUGGAUAUUUUAGAAAUAACCACAUUGUUAACAUAUUCAUUUUUGUUCAAUAAAAGUAGCCCUGGAAAAUGGUCA